CCUCCCCAUCUCUCACUCCCACUUCUGUCAUCUUGCAGAAGAAGUGGGGAAAGUCAUUAGGCACAAAAAGGGGAGGAGAGAGCAAGUGGUUGCUAUAGCCAUGAAAGUCAGGGCAGAGCUCCACGCCACUGAGAGCUGGUGAGAGGACACCACCAGGGAUCAUCUGCACGGGGAGGACAAUGCCUUUUCAGCUCAUUAAGCUUUAUAAACAAAUGUCUUACUGUUGGAGAUGCUAGGUGUCAUGGAUGAGGGCUGAAAGACUUGGGGAAGAUCAAUACAUCCAGAUGGGCGGAGGAGAAGCUUUAACGGGACUCUAUGAAAUGUACUUAAAGAUGACAACAGCCAGCUUUCGCGCAGGCCUUGUUUCUCGUCGACACAAAGCAGAGGAUCGGAGGAGAGACUGAAAAAGAUGGGCAACGCCAUGCGAGGGGUCAUCGCCUUCAUUCCCUCUGAACGCUGCCAGCGCUACCUGGUGGGGGACCUGAAGGAGAUGCCCCUGGACCGGACCCUGGACCUGAGCCACCAUCAGCUGCGACGGCUGCCUGCGGCCGUCUGUGUCUUUGAUGAGCUGGUGAAGCUUUACCUAAGUGAUAACAACCUGAGCAGCCUGCCUGAUGAACUGCAGGGCCUGAGGAAGCUGCAGCUUCUCGCCCUGGACUUCAACUGCUUUGAGGAGCUCCCUGCAGCCAUUUGCAGGUUGCGCCAUCUCAGCAUCCUCUACCUGGGCAACAACAGGCUGCAUCGCCUUCCCAGAGAACUGAGAGAGCUCAAGGAACUUAAUACUCUGUGGUUGGAGACUAACUGCUUCACUGAUUUUCCCAAGGUUAUUUGUGAACUCACAAAUCUUAAGACGCUGCACUUCGGUUAUAAUCAAAUACACAGUUUGCCAAAGGAUCUGAGGCAGCUGGAGGAACUAAAAAGCAUCUGGCUUGCCGGGAACCUCCUGACGGAGUUCCCGCCAGAGUUGCUUGACAUGCACUCUCUGGCUGUCAUUGAUGUGGAUCGGAAUAAGAUACGGCAAUUCCCGAACCUUUCUCACAUGCAGGGCUUGAAACUGGUCAUUUAUGACCACAACCCAUGUGUUAACGCCCCAACGGUGGGCGAGGGCGUCAGAAGGGUGGGCCGCUGGGCUGACAGUUCAGACGACGAACAGGAAGAGGACGGCGCCAAAGCAGCAAGUGAGGACACAGCUGAGAUGGCAGAGGGCCACUCGGAGGAGAAGCAAAACAAUUUAGGGCAAGAAAGUGACAUUCAGCUGUGAUGGCGCCUAAUCCUUAAAGCAGACUUUGAUGGGAAGCAUUAUUCUGGUGUUUGGCCUUUAUAUCGUAAGAUUGAUUGCUGUCAAAUAGUAAAAAAAUAUUACACGCAAGAGAAGAAUCACAGUUUUGGAGUUGGAAAAGUUUUGUGUGCCUUAAAAUAACACAUUGCUCCAAUAGAGAAAUACAGACACACUGGCCACUUUAUUAGGAACCUCUUUUGUCAUUAAAACUGGCUUAAUUCUUUAUAGCAUAGAUUCGACAACAUUCUUCAGAGGUCUUGGUCCGUAUUGACAUGAUAGGCAUCCAUGAUGUAAAUCCACUGCUUUCCAAAUCCCAAAUAUGUUCUUUUAGAUUGAGAUCUGGCGACCGCAGAGGACAUUGCAGUACAAGGAGCUUAUUGCCAUGUUCAAGAAACAAAAAUGAGACGAUUGGAGCUUUUUGACAUGGUGCAGCAUGAUGCUGGAAGUAUCCUUCAGAAGAUGUUUACACUGUGAUCAUAGUCAGUGACACUAUUUAGAUUUUGUUUAAAUAGAAAAUCAACGAACCAGGCACCUUUUUUACAAUCUGUUAUUUUCCAUUUUUGCCAAGCUUGUACGAAUUGUUGACUCAGUUUCCUGUUCUUAGCUGACAUGUGUGGCACCUGGUUUGACAUGUUUUACAUUUAGAGAUUAUAUUCUGCAUGCCUUGGCUAUGACAAAGGGUUAUAUACGUUGCAUAAAGUCACAUAAGUCAGUUUCAUUCAUGUUGCUCACUGGAUAUUCUUUCUUCCCCGAGCCUUUUUCUGUACCAGAGAAAAUUUCAGCCUCGGAAAUACUCUGGUACCAACCAUGCCAGGUUCAAUGUCAUUUCAAUCCCCUUUCUGAUCCUUAAUAUGAACAUAUACAAGUUGUCUUCACCAGGUAUAAAUGCAUAAUUACAUGGUUUGUUAAUUGUGUUCACAAGCAAUUGAGAUGUACCUGAUAAAGUGGCCACUGAGUGCAACUUGUUAAUAAUAAUGCCAAUGAAAUGAAUGUUUUUAGUAAUAAAGUUUGACCUCUUUUAUCUUAAAGCACAGGAAAGUAUUUCAACUAAUUUUAAAGGUAUUUUUAAUUGCAAGUAUGUAGUUUUGUGUAGGACAGAAAUCCUCACAUUUCUAUUAAUCUAACUAUGCAUGUUCCUGUGCCAUGUACUUAUCCAAAGUAGAAAAUCUAAUCAAAAUGAUACUAUCUCAACCCACUGUGUAGAGAGUUUUAACUCAAAGGAAGCAGAUAAAAAUGAAUUUUAAUUCUAAAAUAGCUUCUGUACCUUCUGAGGCUAAAAAAAGUCUUUAAUACAAGUGAUGGAUGAGCUGAGUCACAGGGUGCAGUCAUUAUCCAGACGAAUGCAUAAUUCAUUUGAUAAAUUGGGAGUGUGGUUUUGAAUAAAGGCCACUAAUGGGGCCUGAUAUCAUCACCCCAAGCUUCUGGUUUGAAAGAGCCAAUAUAUGCAUGUUUGUACUUCCUCAAAAUACCAGGAAAUGUUGUCUAAAUGGAAAUAAACACCACUCUGCAGUAUAGGACUGGAUGCCUUUGAGACUUGCUUUUAACGAAGCACACAGAAAGACAUUAAAAGGGCUGUGAAUCCUUUCUUCUUCUAGGAAUGUAAUCAUUUAAAGUACAGAGCUUCUGUAUUUUUGCUUUUCCUUCUACUUGGUAUUACAUGUAAAUACUACUUAUUGUGUACACUGUAGCAUUGCUAUAACAAUACUCUAUAUUAAAGAAUAUUCUCUUCUAGUCAUGCUAUGCCUUGACACAAUUACAUCAUCAAUAAUAACCUGCAAAGAUUGUCAACGUAAGCAGGGCUUUUUUAGUCAUUUCAAUUGAAUUUGGUCUCUGCUUUUGUUCUGUCUGCAAACCAGAAGUUAAGCAAAGUUUUAUCAUUACUGGGUGAGAUAAAAUGUACAUUCUUUCCACUAUUGCUAUAUAGACUUUUGUGUAGUUUUAUUGCCAUGAAGAUCUACAGAUUAUUUGAAAUUAUCCAGGUUUUAUUCUUGAACUUGAUUUAUAUUUGGAAACUGUUUCCCUGUUAUUUUUAUCUGUGAAUGCAAAUCUUUUUACAUUUUCUUUACGCCUUGCAUUCUCUGUUUUAUUUUUCCAGAAGUUCCUCUUUUUAACAGAUAUUAACUGUUAUGAAAAGAUUAAGAUUGAAUAAAGAUGGAUGCAAAUAAAUAACAUUGUGAGUUUAAAUUCAGAACAUACACCACCCUCCCAAUUUAUUGGCACCAUUGAUAAAUCUUUAGAAAAUCGUAAAAUAAAUGUGUUUGUUUUUUUAUUAUUAUGAUUUUUUUUUGUAUUGUAGUACCUUAAUCUAACACUGAAUAUUGGGGAGAGAAUUUCACAUUAACAAAUAUAUUUUUUACAUAAACACAUGACCAUGUUUAUUGGUGCUACUGUUCUUAAUACAGUGUAAACCCCUUUUUCCAAUUUAGCAGCAUUUAACAAGGUUUAAGUAUAACAAAGGAGGGAUAUUUGACUCUAAUAUAUCCAUCUCAUUUAGAGUCUUGGGUUUUCUCCUCCAUUCAUCUCACCCCACAGGUUUUCAUAUGGAAUUAUUUUUUUGGGGACUGAGGUGGUCAUGGACGGAGGUUGCUUUUGAACGUGGAGAACUGUUUCUUUGAUAACUUGACAAUAUUUUACAUUAUAGUCAUAUUGAAGGUCUCACUGAUGAGCUGUGGUUGGUUUAUUAGCAGAAGCCACAAUCUAAUGAUAUUUCAAAAAGUGCAUAAUGUUGCGUAAUCAAAGGAGGUAGGUUCCCAGCAUUGGAACGUGAAAAAGGCCCAAAGCAUGACAGAUCCUCCACCAUACCCAACAGUGAGCAUCGAGUCCUUUUCCACAUUGUAAUGCAUUUUCUUGCAAAUAUGUGAAAUUAAUCUCAAAAUAUCUGAGGAAAUUUACUCCUUCAUGGCCAAUAAUUUAUUUUCUUUAAUUUGCAAUGGCCCUAAAACUAUUUUACCCCCUGGAAAUUAUGAGAAUAAACUCAUAAUAUUGUUUACAAAAACAAAUAACACUGCAAAAAAAUAAAGUUGAAAUAUUAGGAGAGUUAAGUCAAAAGAUAACAAUAAAUUUGUAAUUUUAUGAGAAUAAAGUCAUAAUAAUAAAAUAAUAGUCAAACAAUUGUUUGCACAAUCGUUUCGAAGUCCAGAUACUAUUAAUAAUUUGAUGUUGAUGUGCUGAAAAGAUUAUUUGUAAAACCGAUACCAAAAUAUAACUUUACAAGAUGCUCAACGUUCCUUAUUUUAACACAGGGGGGAAUUGCCCUUUGUUGCAAGAGUUCUCCUGAAAUUCAAUUAAAUUUGAUUUAUUUAGCACCAAUUCACAACACACAGUAGAUAUUAUCUAAUGGUGGUUACAGAGAUAAGAGGCCACUCUGCUGCAGCUCCAAAAGUGACCUUUCUUUUCCUCAAUGCCAUAUAAACUUUGGUCUUCAUCCAACUCUGAAAUGAGGACGAUCAAACUUAAUUGCUAUUCUAGUUGUAGAUUCAGGCAAACCAUUAUUCCCUUGCAGCCAUCUCCUUGGUGCAGACUUGUCUUGUUAGAAAUGUUCUUCUGUCUUUUUGGUCGUUUCUGUCGCUUUGAACAGUGACCAAGAGAAAUGAGCUACUGUGCUGUGUCAUAUUCGGUUCUUCUGCUGUCCCUAUGGACUCUUGGAUGUUUUUUAUUUUUGUAGGCUGGUCCCUUGAGGUAUAAGGUUCAUAAUGGUUCCAUGUUUUCUAUAUUGUGGAUACUGUGUUUCUGUGUGGUUUACUUCAGUUUCAUAGCCUUAGAAAUAACUACCGUAAUCUUUUCCAGACUGAUAGGCAUCAGUGACUUUGUUUCUCACCUCUUCUUGAAUUGUUUUACUGCGUUUUGAGAUCUUUUGGUCUACUACGUAUUGUUAUACAGGUUCUAUGUAUGUUAUUGCUGCAUUCUAUUGCUCGGGCAGUAUCAGGCCUUGUUGACGCGAUCCAAUGUGAACCAAGAGAAAGGCCAAUCAUAGUCAAUCCAUUAUUUAACGAGGUGUGCAAUUAUAUUUCCACACAGAUCUUGGUUGGUUUGUCGUU